GCAGCAGCAGUAGCAGCAGCGAGGAUUUUGCCCCUCGACGGUCCUCGCCUUUGGACUUCGCUAAUGGUUAACUAGAACUGCUGACCGAGGACUUCGGAGUGUCCAGAACCGAAGUCUCUUGGUGCGCCAAAGGGGGGUGGGGGUGCAAAGGGCGUCUGCCGCGGCUGCUGGUGCUGCUUCCUCGCCCCUGCGAAGCCUCCCGCAAUGAAGGCUGCAGCGAAAUGGCUUUUGGGACUUCUUGGGGCUGCAGUUCUCAUUACCAUCAUUGUCGUUCCUGCAGUUUUGUUGACAAAUCAAAGUACUCCUGACACCCGAGCGACAUUUACUCUACAGGAUUAUUUGAGUGAUACAUUCCAAUACAAAUUGUACAACUUGCAGUGGGUUUCAGGACAUCAGUAUCUUCACACUAGACAGAAUAACAUCUUUCUCAUCAAUGCUGAUGAUGGAACAGAGUAUAAAGUCUUAGAAAAUAGCACAUUAGAAACUUAUAAUACCUCUGAGGCAAUAUUGUCACCUGACCGAAAAUAUGCUCUUCUGCGAUACCGUUAUCAGAAGGUGUGGAGACAUUCGUACAAUGCGUCAUACCACAUGUAUGAUCUGGAUAAUAGGACCUUAGUAACUGAAAACCAACUUCCUAAGGAUAUCCAAUACAUAUCCUGGUCACCUGUUGGUCAUAAACUGGCUUAUGUUUGGCAUAACAACGUUUAUGUGAAAGUAACACCUAAUAGCCCCAGUGUACAGAUCACCAACAAUGGAGAAGAAAACAAAAUUUUUAAUGGAUUAGCAGAUUGGGUCUAUGAAGAGGAAAUGUUUGGCACCCAUUCUGCUCUGUGGUGGUCUCCAAAUGGCAGGUUUUUAGCAUAUGCAGAGACUAACGAUACCGAAGUUCCAGUUAUUGAGUAUUCAUUUUAUUCGGAUGAUGUGCUGCAAUAUCCAAGGACCAUUAGAAUCCCAUAUCCUAAGGCAGGUGCUGCAAAUCCAACUAUAAAGCUAUUUGUUGUGAAUACCCAAUCUUUUACCAAAGUCACUCCCACUGAAAUUCUUGCACCAUCUAAUAUAACAUCAUCGGAUCACUACCUGAGUGUUGUAACAUGGGUGACCGAUGAGAGAAUCUGUUUGCAGUGGCUCAGAAGGAUACAAAAUUUUACAGUCCUCACAAUCUGUGACUACUCUAACCCAAUUUGGCAAUGCCCAGAGGAAAAACAGCUUAUUCAAGAAAGUAAAACUGGUUGGAUUGGAAGAUUUCAGCCUUCAGAGCCUUAUUUUGCAUCUGACAAUAUUACCUACUACAAAAUCAUCAGUGACAAAAAUGGAUAUAAGCACAUCCAUUACAUUAACAGUGCACAAGAGAUGACACCUAUUACAAGUGGGAAAUGGGAGGUAAUCAACAUUGCUGCUGUAACAAAUGACUAUCUAUACUUUAUCAGUAAUGAAUUUGAAAGUAAACCUGGAGGGAGAAAUCUUUAUAAAGUGGAAUUGAAACCUGGCUGGAAAAAAACAUGCAUUAGCUGUAAUCUAGACAAGAAAGGGUGUAUGUAUUAUUCAGUAGCCUUCAGCACAGAUGCAAGAUACUAUAAACUGAAUUGCUUUGGACCUGGCCUGCCUUAUUUUACCUUGCACAAUAGCAGUACAGAUGAAGCUGUUCGGACCCUGGAAACCAAUAAGGAUCUUGAUAAUUUGCUGAAGGAUAUCCAGAUGCCCUUCAAAACGCUAGAAAACAUUUCACUGCAUGGAGAGACAUUCUGGUAUCAGAUGAUCUUACCUCCUCAUUUUGAUAAAUCAAAGAAGUAUCCCCUGCUCAUCGAUGUAUAUGGAGGACCCUGUAGUCAGAAAGCAGAUGCUGUUUUCCGGAUCAAUUGGGCUACAUACCUUGCAAGCACGGAACAGAUUAUUGUGGCCAGCAUUGAUGGUAGAGGAAGUGGCUAUCAAGGAGACAAAAUUUUGCAUGCGAUAUAUCGAAGACUGGGAACCUAUGAGGUUGAAGAUCAAAUCUUGGCCGCUAAACAGUUUUCUGAGAUGAGCUUUGUUGAUAAGAACAGAAUAGCUAUUUGGGGCUGGUCAUAUGGUGGUUACGUGUCCUCCAUGGUGCUUGGAUCAGGAAGUGGUAUCUUCAAGUGUGGAAUAGCUGUUGCCCCCGUGUCACGCUGGCAAUAUUAUGAUUCUAUAUAUACUGAGCGGUACAUGGGUUUUCCAGAAAUAAAUGAUAACCUUCAGUUCUAUGAGAAUUCCACAGUUAUGGUCAGAGCGAAGAAAUUCCAAGAUGUUAAGUAUCUCUUGAUCCACGGAACAGCAGAUGAUAACGUUCACUUUCAGCAAUCAGCCCAGAUUUCAAGAGCCUUGGUGGAUGCAGAGGUGGAUUUCCAAGCAAUGUGGUAUACAGAUAAAGAUCAUGCAAUUGGAGGCCAUGCCCACAGCCAUAUUUACCACCAUAUGAGCCAUUUUAUAAAAGAGUGUUUUGCAUUGUCAUAAUACUUAGGAGACAUAUUGCAUCUCAUUCUGCUAUGUUCAUGAAGUUUUGAAAAAGAGCACUUUCCUAGUGAAUUGUCUCAUGUUUCAUUUAACUAAGACAAAAGUAAAAUGUAUUUCUGUGGACACUGGAAUGAAGAAAAUAUGUAUGUUUGUUUGUUUUUGCAAUACUUUUAUACAAUGAUCUACUGAGCACUUUUACCAAAGAUUUGCAGGGCUCUAUCACACAUGCAGUAGCUGCUCCAUUCUCAUCUCUGUGUAGGGGCAUUUUGAAUCCCAAUGAAAAAGCAAGCUGUUUUCCUUGCACAAGUCUUGCAAACAAAGUUUGCAUAUGUAUGACAGUGGAACACAGACAUGCAUGCAAGAGCCGUUGGAUUGCAGCAGUUAUAUAUAUAUAAAAUUAAGUAACGGUUGCCUUUUUCAAACAAAGUAUAAAUCAGGUUUACAUGUACUUUCUUACAAGGUAGGAAAAAAUACUUGAAUUUCUGCUUGAUUUGUAUGCUCUGUAAUUUUAACAUAGAAGUGAUCAUUUCAGUAGAUAUGAUUCAGGUUUUGUAUAGAAGAUACUAAAAGUGAAAAUAUCAAUCUAAACCUGCACUGCAACCCUUCAUAAAUGUUUUGUGGAUUGCAGCCAAAAUUGGCAAUAGUCAUUUGAACAUAUAUGUGCAGAACAAGAUGUGGUUGGGAGAUCUUCUUGCGAUGAUGACGAUAACAGUAAUAAUAAUAAUUAGUAGUAGUUAAUAACAGCCAUUGGAAUUGUGGAGGGAGGGGACACGCACAACAAAAUUGGAUGCUGGGGGUAUGGGGUUUUACCCUUUCUUCACUCAGUAUUCCUGGUACAUCCCCCCAAAGUUCCUAUUGAUUGACUGUUUAGAAGUCAAGAAGUUAUAUAUUUGCAAGCAGAUAAAACAGUCAGUGUAUAUGAUAGUAAUCGGAAAAAAUGGCUGAAGUAAGAACCUAAGAGCCAUGCUGGAGCAGAUCAAAGGUCCAUCUAGUCCAGCACUCUGUUCACACAGUGGCCAACCAGCUGUCGACCAGGAACCCACAAGCAGGACACGGGUGCAACGGCACCUUCCUGCCCAUGUAUUUGCUGGGAACUAACAGUAUAAUUAAUCUAUAGCACAUAAUUACUUUUGAAACAUCGACAGCACAUGGAAACAUUGUAGAAGAGUUCUAAAACCAUGUCUAGAAUUCUCAGAUCAGCAUGCUUCCAGAACAUGAGUUCCACUUGGUAACACCCUUCUAACAUUGGAAUUAGUGCUAGCUACUUCACAUGUUGUAGUCCUGCAGUCCCAUGGGUGGUGCAGCUUACCUAUUUCUUGCACAUCUCCAUCCCAGUGAAUGAAGCUUUGUAAUAUCAGAGCAUCUCUAUCCCAGAUCCUGAGCUUUGUAAUAGCAGAGCUCUUCAAGAAUCAGGAAUAAACAUUUAUUUUUAACCAAUCAGCAGGCUCUUAUUAAAACAUUCUUUUAUGUUCCACCAACCAUGGCUUUCACAAAGGACCAAACCACUACAACAGAAAUAUGAAUGACUACACCUAUGUGCAGUAGGACUUUUUAAAAUUUCUGGGUAGCAAAACUCUAGAUACUACUAGAUGACUAGGGCUGGAAUUUUGUGAAUGGUUCAUCUGGCAGGCAGCCAACUACUCCUUCCUAAGAACACAUUUGCUAGGUCAGCCCAUCUGGCUCUAGAAGGGACCUGUAGCACGUCCCUUUCCCACAUGCAUCCAGUGCUGUUAAGUCUGCUUGCCCCAUGGUACUAUCUGAUAGCACUUGGAAGUAUCUUCAACAGAGCUGACAGCAUGUGCCUUUCUUAUCCAGUUUCUACCUUCCAUCCUAGAGAGAUGCACACUGAGUGGGAAAGACCCAUGUGUAAAAUAUCUAGUCCUGUGAAAUAUUCAAAUGCAUUCACAGCACAAGCAGCAUGAAAUCGUAUCACAGGAAGGUAGCUCCCACAUGGUUGUGAGUCAAUAUCCACAGACUCCUAUCCUUCCUAGACAACACAAAUGUAAUGUAAGACUUUCACAGGAAGCCAGUAUAUGCAUGAGAGUUCACUGAAGGCUUAAUUGACAUAAAAUCCUGUGGUUCUUUCUCAUACAAGAUGCAAUACAUGCAUUCCACUGAAAUUUCACAAUUGGAAGACAUCAAGACAGCUGUAAAAGGUGUGGUGCCCUGCUAAUGUGAGUAAUAUAAUAUGUGUGAUUAGGAUGCAGCUUAUGACUUCACUUCUUUCAUAUGCACAUAAUUCAUGCUUGUUUUAUAGUUCCCACUUAUGAAAACAACACUACUAGGAACCAACGUGCCUUAGAACAUAUUUGUCAUUUUCUUACAAUGUUGGUGUUUUCCCCACUUUAAAAUACAAGGCACUGUAAAUUUUGAGCACAAUUGCCAGAAGUAAGUCCCACUGUGUUUAAAGGGCAAUCCAUAUGAGAUUAGCAAAAUGUGUUGUUUUACAUAUGUUGCUGUUUUAAAUGUAAUAAACCCAUAUUUGUCGU